AUGCUGGCGCUCAACAUUGUUUUGUACGCCCUCUUGGGUACUUCCUUGGCCUUCGCUAUUAUAGAGCUGGGUCUUUCGGCUUUCAUCACUUCUGCAUAUACCGGUACCCGUGAGGUUGCAACCUGGAACGCCUAUUCGGGGUAUUCGUACACAACAGUCGAUCUGAAGGCCCCGGCCAUUCUCGCAUUUCUGGUUUUCAGUGCCUGCUGGACUAUCCUAGUCACUGUCGCAGCCUUGGUUCUGCCAUGGCAUUUCUCCAAGAAAAGCUUUGUUAGUGCAAAGCUCAACACUAUUCUUGCCUCAUGUUUCGUUGGAGUUUACUUUGUCACUAUGGUCUUUUGGCUGGCUUGCUUCGCCGAUCUCGCCUCCCUGCUUGGUGGUGGAACCAGUGAUUCAUCGUACUUCAAUGCUGUCCUCGCGUUUGGUGUGCUCCUCUGGUAUGUUCCUCUAGUUGUUGUCGGCUACUCACCAUUACUGAUUCAUCUUUCCAAAUUUAGGUUACUCUUUGUCGCCCUUGUGGUCUUUACAACUCUUGCAAUGUGUGGUGUCAUGGCUUCUGACUGGGCUGGCUACCAGUCUUUGAGAAAAGAUAAGGCUGUUGAAGGGGGCCAGACAAGUGGGCAUCCCCCUGAUGUGCCGAUGAGUACGACCCCUGUGGUUCCAGAAAUUGCAGCUCGAGAUGCUGAGGGUCUACAUAAACAGCCGAGCAGCCAAUCGCAUAGUAUCUCUUCGCCAUCGGCCAUCCAAAGCGCCGAGCUCAGCGGCGAUAGCGUUCCCGAUCACCAUACAACCAGGGCAGCGCAGGUCAGUCCUGUUUGA